CCAGAUCACCUGACAUUAAUUUUCUCAUGAGUUUUUAAGCUGUUCGUAACAGAGAAAAAACAUGCCGGCUGCUUUAUCUAAGAUUUUACCAUUUGCUUGGCCAGUUUCUUUUCUGUCCCUCUCAAAACUUGGUAGCCCUAUUCGAACUAAAUCUUUUAGUAUAAGGUUCUUUUCUGCUAUUGUUAAAUCAAAACAUUUCUGUGAAGCCCUGGUCUACAGAAGCCAUGGACAUUAUGAAGAUGUAAUUAAGUUAGAAACAUUCACAUUGCCUCCAUUGGGAGAGGAAGAUAUCCGAAUUAAGAUGUUAGCAGCACCAGUCAAUCCAGCAGAUAUAAAUAUGUUAGAAGGAACCUAUGCUAUUCUUCCAGAAUUACCAGCAAUUGGUGGCAAUGAAGGAGUGGGAAAAGUUUUGGAUGUUGGCAGCAAAGUCAAUAAUUUCACGCCUGGUGAUUGGGUUAUCCCAGUAGAUUCAGAAUUUGGGACAUGGAGGACAGAAGCUGUGUGUCAUGCUGCCAGUAUACUCAAGAUUUCCAAAGACAUCCCGUUACUCAGCGCAGCCACUAUAGGUGUUAAUCCCUGCACUGCAUACAGGAUGCUUCAUGACUUUGAACACCUCAAACCAGGAGAUACAGUAAUUCAAAAUGGUGCCAACAGUGCAGUUGGACAAGCUGUCAUUCAGAUUGCAGCAGCUAUGGGAGUGAAAACUAUUAAUGUUGUGCGAGACAGACCUAAUUUGAAGGAAUUGGUGGAAAAGCUGAACUGCCUGGGAGCCCACUGUAUAGUAACGGAGAGCAUGUUACUGAAACGAGAACUAGUGUCUAUUGUUAAGGACCUCCCAAAACCCAGGCUAGCACUGAACUGUGUUGGUGGGCAAAGUGCCGGAUACCUCCUGGAUUAUUUACAGUAUGGCAGUACAAUGGUGACCUAUGGAGGAAUGGCAAAGAAACCUGUCCCUGUUCCAGCAAAAGCCAUGAUCUUCAAAAAUAUCAAAAUACAUGGAUUUUGGAUGAGUCAGUGGAAACGAGAUAAUAAACAUGAUAUAAGCAAACAGGAAGCCAUGCUGUCAGAACUUUGUGAGCUGGUCAAAAAAGGAAGAUUAUCUGCUCCAGCCUGUACUGAAAUUCCAUUCUAUGAUUACAAGAUUGCUCUAGAUGCCACCAUGAAACCUUAUCAGUGUAGCAAACAAGUUCUGUGCAUGCUAUAACUAUGGCACAGCCUUGUAUGUGCAACAUAAUGCCCAGUACUGUAACAUUCAGAACAAGAGUUCUGUAUCAGAAAGGAUGUGAUGAAAUUAUGCACUGUCAAAACACAAGGACAAGUGGUUUACAGAUAAGUUCAAAAAGGUGCUGAAGAAGAAUGAAGUACACCAGUUAAACUUGUUUUUGAAGUGCAAAGGAAAAUUGACAGUAUGAUAUGUCUGUGUUUGUAAGUGUCACCUGCUUAGCGAGUGCAGUGAUCCCAGAAUGUGUUAGAUGCAUGUAUGAAAGUGCUUUACAUACUUGAGUACUAUUUUAAAGUUUUGGCCUUCUUAUUUACAGGUGAGUCAUACAAAUUCCACAGACAAUGUCAACAGGCAUGGUCUGCAUCAAAUAUAAAAUAUAAACACUGAAAGUAACCCCAAUAUAAAAUAUAAACACUGAAAGCAACCCCAAUAUAAAA